AUGUCCGACGGCGAACGAUAUACGGCGAACAGUUCGUCCGUAACAAUGACGAAACAAAUAAGGGUAUCGCAAACGGUACAAAGUACAAGAACUUCAACAGCGACUUCGCGAACUAUCCGAUCGACCGGACCGGGGACAACAACGAGCAUGCCUACGCUAACGUACAGAUCGGUUUACAGUAGACCAUCGCUCUCUGCAUUGCCCGAUGCAUCUGUGGUGCGACCGCCAAGCUAUACACCCGCAACGCAUGGAAAUGAGUACGACCUGUCCAAAAAAGCGUACGUGCUUGUGUUUCAUCAUAACAAUUUCAAGAUAAAUAAGUUUAACAGAGAAGGCAGCUCGAAGGACAUGAGAAAAAUCGAAGAGAUCCUUCGAUAUUAUCGAUGCGAUAGUCCUGAUAUCAAUGAAAAUAAAACCGUUCGGGAUGUACGCAGGAAAAUGGAAAAAAUAUCAAAAAAAGACUUUACCGAGUACAGCUGCCUGAUUGUGUUUAUUAUGAGUCACGGAAAUGAGCAGGAUUCGAUUAUGGCGUACGAUGGCGACAUGUACUCAUUGCAGAGUGAUAUUGUGGAGCACUGUACUUCGAACCGCACAUUGAACGACAAGCCGAAAAUGUUCGUCGUGCAAGCUUGCCGAGGAGAUGCGAAGAUCGUGGCCGAUGCAACACGCUCAAUGAGCCACAAGAUCGACAUUAUUGCCUUUCAAAGCUCCUACCAAGGAACUGUAUCAUUUCGUCACGAAACACAUGGCAGCUUCUUCAUACAAGCCUUCCUACAGUUGUUGCACGACAACAACCAGCAAAGCAUCGUCGUCGUCAACGAAGAGCUAAACAGAGAGUUCAAAGCGAAACACAUACUACAAACCCCGACAAUGACGUCAACGCUGCAGAAAAAGUUGAUAUUUGGUAAACUGCUUCGACGACCCUAACUCAAUCUGCUCAUGGAAUGUUCAAUAUGCGUAUUAAAUAAGCAGCAAAUAGCUUUACACAAAGAAAUGACGU